GAGGUUCAGUAUACUACGAUACAAAAUGGCCAUAGAAGAAUCAAAUUCAUUCGUUCUGUCUGACAGCAGAACUAGUGACGAUAUCGAGCAACUUUCCGAGUUCCAGACCCUUCUUCGACAGCAUGAACAGGCAAAGUGGAAACCUCCUAAAGGGUUCGUCUGGAUCCAAGUCGCAAUCUUUGCCAAUGUCUUCUUGUCUGGCUUCGAUGGGACCAUUACAGUCUCAACAUAUGCACUCAUCAGUUCUGAAUUCAAUGCAGCGAACACUGCCUCUUGGCUGACGACAUCCUACUUGAUCACAAGUACAGCGUUUCAGCCGAUUUAUGGACGUAUGUCUGAUAUCUUUGGGCGAAAACCAUGCUUCUACGUCUGCACGAUUGCCUUUCUUCUUGGCUGCCUUGGCUGUGGAGUUGCCCAGGAUAUGUUCUUGCUGAAUAUUAUGAGAGCAAUCACUGGCGUUGGAGGGGGUGGUCUCAUUACAAUGGCAACGAUCAUCAAUUCUGACUUAAUUCCGUUCAAAAACAGAGGAAUGUAUCAAGCUGCACAGAAUGUACUUCACGGGUUUGGUGCUAUCUGUGGUGCUUCUCUUGGCGGUGCAAUUGCUGAGACAAUCGGUUGGCGAUGGUGUUUCUUGCUGCAAGUACCCUUGUCUGUAUUUGCACUUGUUGUUGGGAAGAUUGUCAUUCGCCUCCCACAGACAAGCGAGGACCACAACUCGACUCACGGAUGGCAGGGAAUAUGGAACCAGGUGGAUAUCCUAGGAACAAUGCUUCUUGUGUCGGGCUUGUCUGUGCAGCUUAUCGGUCUCAGCCUUGGUGGAAACGAGCUGCCUUGGAGUAAUCCAUGGAUCAUUUUAUCCUUGACCGGGAGCGUUGCGUUGCUUGCACUUUUUCUCUGGACUGAAGCCAGAACACUGGCUGCACCGAUAAUUCCCCUUCGCCUGUUGCACGGUACGGUGCCAAUCUGUAUUCAGAUUGCCAACCUAUGUGUAGGCAUGGGAGCGUACGCCUUUUUGUUCAAUCUCCCGCUGUUUUUCCAGGUUGUCCUCUUGGAUUCAGCCAGUACUGCCGGUGCAAGACUGGUCAUUCCUUCCUUGGCAACUCCACUUGGUGGCCUCAUUGCAGGUAUCAUCAUGUCACGGUGGGGCAGACUGUCACAGAUCGUGCAGACGGGAGCCCUCCUGAUGUUUGUGGGCAAUUUGUUGGUCGCCAUGCUCCGUUUCAAUGAUGCAAGCUGGAAGUACUUCGUCUAUGUUUUCCCUGCCAACCUAGGCCAGGGAAUGGUAUAUCCUGGUAUACUGUUUAGCUUUCUCGCUGCCUUUGACCAUACCGACCACGCCGUUUCUUCAUCAACUGUCUACCUCAUUCGAUCGCUGGGCAAUGUCUGGGGCGUCGCCAUUACAUCUGCCGUCGUGCAAAAUCAGUUAAACUCAGGCCUCUCAAAGGCCUUGAGUGGAAUACCAGAUCAUCGGAAAGUAAAACCCUUCAUUUUCAGAGCCACGUAGUCUCCUGUCUGGCAUGAGCUGAUCAAUUUUGUGUUAGAUAAUUGAUGAAAUCAGGCAUUCGGUUUCUGCAAUUUACGACCUUCCUCCCGACAUCCAGAUGGCUGUGCGCUCCGUCUAUUAUGAUGGACUACGUUUGUCU